UCUUACAACAUAACUAAAAUCCUGACGUCUCCCUCCUCAAAAUUAUCAUACAUCACAAUAAAUUACCUCGGAUCCAUCAACAAAUUAAUUUAAAAAAUUCGAAUUCUUCGCCCAAUACUCUUUACCGACAACCACAGCUUCUGAAAGGUCCUUAUAGAGGGCAACCAUACAGUCAGUGCCAUGACAAUUGAAGAAGAAGAAGAAGUAGGGUAUUGAGGGGGCAGAACGGGAGUACCGAGGCUCGUGUGGAAGUAUUUUGUGUACAAAGUUGAUAUUGUUCUGAGGGAAACACGUGUCAGACAGGUUUUAUUGGGGUAAAGGGUUCAUAGGGUGAAUUUUGGAGAGGAUUUGGGGCUGAUCGAGAUGGAGGAAGAUGCAAAAUCCAAGCCCCCGCGGCCCCCAAAAAACCCCGUAAACAAACAGAAACUGGCGCGUCACCGUCGAGGUGACGGCCUCCCGCUGAGGCCCGGGAGGACCUCCAUAAAAAACAAGACCCUCCUGAAAAAGCUCCGGCUCCGCGAGAAGGCCAUUGAGCGAGCCGCGGAGCAGGCAGCCCGCGCCGAGCUCCUCCUCACCGAGGAGUCCGGUCACCUCGAGGCGGACAUCGGCGAGCACACGACCCAGUACCACCAGCGCGAAAUCGCCGACAACGUUGACAUCACCAGUGCCACCAAGCACUUCAGACUGAACCUUGACUUCGGCGCCUACAGGCACAAAUACACGCGAAACGGCAGACAUCUGCUGCUCGGGGGCAGAAUGGGCCACGUGGCAGCCUUCGACUGGGUGACGAAGAGGUUGUCCUGCGAGAUGAAUGUCAUGGAGUCGGUGCACGACGUCUCCUGGCUGCACCUGGAGACGAUGUUCGCGGUGGCCCAGAAGAACUGGGUUCACAUUUACGAUAAUCAGGGGAUCGAGAUCCAUUGUCUGAAGAGGAUGAAUGGAGUCACGAGACUGGAGUUUCUGCCCUACCACUUUUUGCUGGCGUCUGGGUCUUACGAGGGGUGCUUGACCUGGCUGGAUGUCUCCAUUGGACAGAUCAUCUCCAGGUACGAUUCCAAAUUGGGAAGAAUAGGGGUGAUGACUCAGAAUCCCAGUAACGCUGUUCUCUGCGUGGGUAACUCCAAGGGGGUUGUCUCCAUGUGGGCCCCCAAGUCCAAGGAUCCCCUUGCCAAGAUGUUGUGUCAUCGGCAGGGGAUCAGCUCCAUCGCUGUUCAUCCCCACGGGACUUACAUGGCGACAAGCUGUCCCGACAGAACUGUCAAGACCUGGGACGUGAGACAACUAUCAGGGCCCGUUCACGAUUUUGUCCUGAGGUCGGCCGUUGAUAAUUUGGUUUACAGUCAGAAGGGACUCCUAGCUGCGUCUUCCGGGAAUUGUAUUGAGGUUUUCAGAGAUGCCGGAGACACAAUGAAGCCCUACAUUCGUCACAAGGAGACCUGGGGCGUCUCCUCCCUCCAAUUCUGUCCCUUCGAGGACGUUUUAGGUGUCAGCACAGCCAAAGGCUUCGUCUCAGUCCUAGUUCCUGGCAGUGGAGAGCCCAACUUCGAUGCUCUCGAGGUGAAUCCCUUCCAGACCAAGAGCCAGAGGCGCGAGGCCGAAGUGAAAGCACUUCUCGAUAAAAUCCAACCCGAAUUGAUUACCUUAGAUCCCGGAGCUGUGGCCGAAGUCGAUGUCCCAACGCUGAAGGAGAAGGUCGAGGCGAAGAAGAAGCUCUUGUUCAUCAAACCUCAAGCCAUAGACUUCAAACCCAGGAGAACUAAGGCCAAGGGUAAAGGUGGCACUGCCAAAGUCGUCAAGACGAAGAAGAUUUUGAAGGAAUUGAAACGAAAAGAAGCUGCUGAGGCCAUUCGACAAGUGUCCGAGGAGAAGGCGAAGAAGAAAAAACGAGAAAAUACUAGGGACUUCGGUGCUUUGAACCGAUUUCUCCCUAAAUCGAAGUAACUUUAAGAAAUAAUUACUGUAAAAAUAAUGUAUGUAUGAUAAAAGUGAAUAUACAGACAAGUUA